GGAAGUGGUCACACCGAGAGGCGCCUUUUCUGAGCUCAUGUUGUCAGGCAAAAAAAAGUAGCUACACCGAGUUGGAAGAGGCCAAAGUCAAACAAAGUGUAAGCUACCAUUAUGGCUACUAAAAAGAAACGGACUCCAAAUGCACACAAUGACAGCUGGGUUGUUAUUGCCGCAGACUCUGUAAUCGACACACAGAAGCACGACUGUGAUCCAGAUUUUGUGAAGUUGAGGAAUCCGUCUACAGAGGAAGCAUGUCUGUAUAUGCUUGGUAGUGGUGAUGUCCAGCUGUAUGAGGUCAAAGCGUUUGAAGAAGACUUCCACUCCUGGUUUGUUGGACAGACUGUGCAAAGGGAUGGAAAACUCCUCUUUGUAACACAGAUGGAUCCACUCUAUCUGAUUUUGCCGUAUAUGAUAAAAUCGGGCCGAGAGGGGAAAUUCCAGCCUGUGGAUCAAGUUGUUAAGGAUGAGGAUUUCCCAGCAAGCUCGAGGCUGCUCAGCUGCACACGUUCCCUUACCACCUUGCACCACAUUGCAGAGGAAAAAGAGGUUGGAAGCUUGAAGUUUCAUCGCUACAGUCAAGACCGAACCAUGAACUGGUUAAAAAAGAAGGUGGAGAGAACGGUCGCUGCCCUGAAGAAGAAGAAUAUCUGUGUGGGAGAGGGAGUGAAAUCCACAACUUAUGUCAGAGUCAAGUCAGAGUCAGACAAUCAGGAGGAGGACUACCUUCGCUAUGCUCAUGGCCUGAUAUCAGAGUACAUCAGUGAAGAACUGAGCAAAGCCCUUCUUAAACACUUGGGGUUACCAGAGCUGAAAAGUCCAACAGGAACAGAGCCUCCAUCCAAGAAGCGGAAACUUUCAGACAAGCCGGUGGAGGCUGGAGAAGACUACACCAAAUUCAACACUGCAGAUUUUGCCCGGAAACCACCCAAGAAGAUGACUGCAGCUCAGAAAUCUUUGGCUAAAGUGGACAAAACUGGCAUGAAGCCAAUGUCCUCUUUCUUCAGCCCUAAGACCAAAGCUGAAAAGAAGUGAAUAUGUUGUGCCUUUGGAGUCUUCCGGCUCAUGUUUUGUAAUAAAGCUACGAACAUGUAACCGA